CACCCGACGCGUCGACGCUCACUCGCAGCAUUUACUGAAAACGAUGCAGAUCUUCGUGAAAACCCUGACGGGCAAGACGAUCACGCUCGACGUCGAGCCGAGCGACACGAUCGACAACGUGAAGCAGAAGAUCCAGGACAAGGAGGGCAUCCCCCCUGACCAGCAGCGAUUGAUCUUCGCGGGGAAGCAGCUCGAGGACGGCCGGACCCUCAGCGACUACAACAUCCAGAAGGAGUCGACGCUCCACCUCGUGCUCCGGCUCCGCGGCGGCGUGCGCAUCAACCUGUGCUGGAUGACGGCGGGCAACUGGAACAGCGAGCACAUCCGCGAGGGCUGCACGGAGGGCAUCAUCCCCGGCACGGGCUACAUCAAGUUCCAGGUCGACGUCGACCUCAAGAGCACGAACGUCGCGGAGCUCAAGAAGAUCGCGACGGCGUCGGGCUCCCUGCCCCCGCUCCACUACCCCGUCGGCUUCGCCUUCCACGGCAAGUACAUCAUGGACGAGGAGGGCGCGACGCUCAAGAAGUAUUCGGUGAAACGGGGCGACGUCGUCUUCAUGGACGUCCGGCGCGAACCCUUCGAGCUCCAGAAGACGGGGCCGCCGACCUUCGGCGCGGCGGAGGAGGAGGAGGAGGACGACGACGACGCCAAGGAGUAGGCGGCCCGGAGGCGGCUUGUCGCACGUCGGGGCCGCGCGUUCUACGGAACGCGCGGGCCCGGCGCGCGGGGCCGCCGCCGCUCGCUCUCGCUCGACCAAAAAAUAACCACCAUGACUCUGUUAG